AUGUACCUAAAUGUUUUUAUGUAUAGUGCUGAAACCGAGAGCGCUUCGGAACCCACUCCAGGGCCGUCGGGGGAACAACAAAGGGUCAAUGUGCAGUCUUCUUUGGCAAUCGAGAUAAAAAAAAAUAAGUCUGGUAAGGCUGCAGACAAUAAAAACAUAAAAAAAAUGAGCGCUGCGCAGCGGAAAGAGUUGGCGCACCGCAAAGAUAUAAAACAAGUCGGCAAUUAUAGAAUGCCGGAGUUGCCUACUUCGAAAGGAAAGGAGAAGGGUAGGAGGACGGUACCCGACGAACGACAGUGGAUCACUUGCCCACUGUUGCCCGGUGUGCCCUCCAUCCCUCCAGCAAGGGUCCUUCAGCCAUGGGAAAAGGUUCAGUCUGUGCAUGCGAAGGAGACGACCAACGAUGACGUCAUCCAGGGCACGCCUUCUCCACUUUCCCUGCAAGGACCUUGUCUCUCAGCAGCGGAAGAAAGCGACGAUGAUAUCAUAGAAGGGACGCCUCCAAAAUGUCACCAGGAAGAUUCUUUCCUCGGUUGCACCACCGGCGAGGAUGCUCAGGAGCCGUGCCCCACGGAGCUCAAUGAGCUUUUGCAGUUGGACAGCACGGAGGACCAAGCCAUUCGUAAUAUGGCUGCGGGUGACAUGGACGUCCUUAGUUUUAACUGGUGUGCCGAUUACAACAACUUUGAGGGCGUCCAAGAAGAGUUUUCUGGGCCAUCAGGACCAACUUUUGACCACUCGGGUAUGUCUCCUCUCCAGGUAUUCCAACAAAUCUGGGAUACCAAUAUUAUAGACCACAUUGUUAACGAAACGAAUAGAUACGCACGACAGUUAUUUUUAAAACAAAAAUGCAAUUGGACUCGUUUAUCAAGAUGGAAAGAUGUGACCAGCGACGAAUUUCGGCGCUUCCUGUCCAUCUUGAUGUUACCAUCUGUUAUAGUUAACAAUGUGGAGCGCGAGUAUUGGUAUCCCAGGUCCGCCUUCCUACAGACUGGAGAUUGUAGGAAAAUCAUGCCCUACAACCGAUUCCUUCUAAUAAAAAGGUGCUUCCAUUUUAACAACAAUUCCUCCUUGCCAGAAUACCCCUCUAAACUCCAGAAUUAUUAA